UGCUACACAAAUAUUCAUGAUGCUUUAUUAAUCAGACAGGACAGAUAGCUUAAAAAGUGCAUUCUUCAGGUCAAACAUGAGAUAACAAAACUUGCCUGGGAAAGUAAUGUACUGGAAUGUACAGUUGAAAUCUGAAGUUUACAUACACCUUAGCCAAAUACAUUUAAACUCAGUUUUUCACAAUUAAUGACAUUUAAUCAGAGUAAAAAUCCUGUCUUAGGUCAGUUAGGAUCACCACUUUAUUUUAAGAAUGUGAAACGUCAGAAUAAUAGUAGAGAGUAUUAUUUAUUUAAAUUUUUAUUCCUUUCAUCACAUUCCCAGUGGGUCAGAAGUUAACAUACAGUCCAUUAGUAUUUGGUAGCAUUGCCUUUAAAUUGUUUAUCUUGUCAAAUAUUUUGGGUCGCCGUCCACAAGAUUCACGCAAUACGUUGGGUGAAUUUCGGCCCAUUCCUCCUGACAGAGCUGGUCUAAUUGAGUCAGGUUUGUUGGCCUCCUUGCCCGCACAUGCUUUUUCAGUUCUUCCCACAAAUAUUCUAUAGGAUUGAUGUCGGGGCUUUGUGAUGGCCACUCCAAUACCUUGCCUUUUGUCGUCCUUGAGCCAUUUUUCACAACUUUGGAAGUAUGUUUGGGGUCAUUGUUCAUUUGGAAGACCCAUUUGCGACCAAGCUUUAACUUCCUGACUGAUGUCUUGAGAUGUUGCUUCAAUAUAUCCACAUCAUUUUCUUUAUAUUUGCUUACUACUGUUUGUACAGAUAAACGUGGUAACUUCAGGCGUUUGGAAACUGCUCCCAAGGACGAACCAGACUCGUGGAGGUCUACAAUUAUUUUUCUGAGGUCUUGGCUGAAUUUCUUUUGAUUUUUCCUAUGAUGUCAAGCAAAGAGCCACUGAGUUUGAAGAUUGGCCUUGAAAUACAUCCACAGAACUUGGCCUUUCUCCAAUUCGAGCCAAUCGGCACCUUUUUAGUGCAAUAAUUCAAAAGAAGACUUUGUAUUAAAGAGCUGAGAAGGAACUACUUCAGUUUGGACCUGAACAAAGAUGGAGAAACAGAUGGAUAAAACAAACUUCAACUUGACUUGCGUGACCAUCUCUAAUAGCCCUAUCAGUGACUUCCUGAUGGGCAUCUACAUCCUGGCCUUUAUCCUGGGCUUGGCCUUUAACCUAUUGACCCUUGGCCCCAUCGUCCAGCAGGUCCGCAGCCAGAACACCCUGGGGGUAUUCCUGCUCAACCUGUCCCUCUCUGACCUACUCUAUAUCUUUACCAUGCCUCUCUGGAUCAACUACUACCACCGGGACCACCACUGGAGCCUGGGCAGCCUCUCCUGCAGCGUGGCCGGCUUCUUUUACUACUCCAACAUGUACCUUAGCAUCUACCUGCUGUGCUGCAUCUCUGUGGACCGCUGCCUGGCCGUCACCUACCCCCUGAGGACCAAAGCCUUCCGCAGCGCGCGCUAUGCCUGGGUGCUUUGUCUGGUCGUGUGCGUGACUGUCAUGUCCGGACACGGCCUGGUGCUCUUCAAGGACAACCUGCAGGAUGCCCACGACGACACGCAGGACCGCUGCUACGAGACCUACCCCAUGCCGCAGCCCGUGGCCAUGUUCAACCUGCUGCGGGUGGGCAUCGGCUUCCUGCUGCCCCUGCUGGUGUUGGGGCUGUGUUACUGGAGGAUCAUGGGCCAGGUGAAGCAGAGCGAGGGGCUGGGGGAGCAGGCUAAGAGGAAGGUACGGCUGCUGUCCUUCGGGGUGAUCGGGAUUUUCUCUGUGUGUUUCGCCCCCUACCACCUCCUCCUGCUGACCCGCUCCCUGGCCUACUACCACAUGGACGAAAAGAUGUACUGUCAGUUUGAGCAGAAAAUGCACUUCCCUUUCUCGUUCACGCUGGCCCUAUCCAGCCUGAACAGUGUGGUGGACCCAGUCCUGUAUGUGCUGGUCAGUAACGGGGUGAGGGAGGACAUGAGACUGUGCUUCUGUGGGAACAGACAGGGUCAGAGGGAGAGAGAGAGUCCCCUCUCCACUGAACCAUGGAACAUACAAGCCUGAUCUGAUUACAUACUGUGUGUUUGUGUGGAGGGUUGGGUAGUUUACUUUCUAAAUGUAAUCCAUUACAGUUAAAUUAGUAAUUAGUAACGUAACUUUUGGAUUACCCAAACUCACUUUCAGUCCCUUUUGGAUUGCCUUACCUUUAAGAGGCAUUAGAAGAAGACAAAAAAGGAUCCAUUCAAAGCAUUUGGUAUGUCAUCAUAGUGGUGUCUGACUCACCCAGGUGGAACAAACUGAUGCUUUUUCCAAUGCUGAAUUGAAUGUCAUUGAGAAAACAGAAUGUUGUCAUAAGGUGUCUGAAUUUAAAAGUAGUCUAAGUAAUCAUGUUGUCGGUAAUCUGAUUACAAUAUCUUUGCUGGUAACGUAACUGAAUAUAGUUACAGUUUUUUAUUGUAAUCAAAUGACGUGUAACUGUGAGCGUGUGUGUUGUGUUUACGCUCUUCGUCUAUUGCAGUAAAUCCCUUCCGUGCACAUUGUAAAAAGGACGGCAUGUUUGUUCUGUGUGACUUCAAUAACAUGUUCUUUCAUAUCAACCCACUUUCAUCAGUCAAUCAGGUCUUUUUAAAAUGUUCAAAGAAAAGCCUUUGUGAAGUUUUUCUUAACAUUCCGCUUGGUGAUGAGGAUGGGUAUUGUGUUUUUGAAUUGGAGCUUUCUAUUAAUGCCUGUCCUCAUUGGUAAGGAAAAUCCUUUCAAAGGCUGUCUGUUCUGGCUUUAUGUUACAGGAUUGCUCUGCUUGAAGGGCCCUCGACUCUCUUCAGGCCUGCCACGGGUUUUUAUUGACAUGUGCUUGGUUUACAAAUGAACCUUCUUGUUCUAAUUUGCCUGUUUGUGGACUGACAUAAAUCAGAAGAACAUUUGUCAAUUAUAUAUAUAUAUACUGCAUAUCCCAAACUAAAUCUAUGUCAUAAACAAUACUGGCGUUGAAAUCAAAGAAAAUACAGUACUGGACAUUGAAGACAUGUCGUACAAAUGUUCACCCAAUAAACAAUAAAGGAAGCUACCCAAAUGUGCAUUUGUUCUUACGUUUCCAUGUACAAUUCCAUUAUCGGACAAAUCAGUUCCCCUCCAAGGUAAAAUAUUUAAUAAACAAAAAUCCAGCACUGGAAAGCAAUGAACUGCCUCAUCAAUUUAGACACUUAGUCAAUACAGCUCUUUAAUACAGCUCUUUAACAAAAUGCUCUGAACAUCAGAGGUCACUGUAGACCGUUGCUUUAAUUACGGAGUGUGAUGCUGACCCCCUUGGGUUGUGCCGUGGCGGAGAUCUUCGUGGGCUAUACUCGGCCUUGUCUCAGGAUGGUAAGUUGGUGGUUGAAGAUAUCCCUCUAGUGGUGUGGGGGCUGUGCUUUGGCAAAGUGGGUGGGGUUAUAUCCUGCCUGUUUGGCCCCGUCCGGGGGUAUUGUCGUACGGGGCCACAGUGUCUCCCGACCCCUAAUGUCUCAGCCUCCAGUAUAUAUGCUGCAGUAGUUUAUGUGUCGGGGGCUAGGGUCAGCCUGUUAUAUCUGGAGUAUUUCUCCCGUCUUAACUGAUGUCCUGUGUGAAUGUAAGUAUGCUCUCUCUAAUUCUAAUUCUCUCUCUUUCUUUUUCCCUCUUUCUUUCUCGCUCUCUUUGUUUCUUUCUCUCUCUCUGAGGGCCUGAGCCCUAGGACCAUGCGUCAGGACUACCUGGCCUGAUGACUCCUUACUGUCCCUAGUCCACCUGGCCAUGCUGCUGCUCCAUUUUCAACUGUUCUGCCUGCGGCUAUGGAAUCCUGACCUGUUCACCGGAUGUGCUACCUGUCCCAAACCUGCUGUUGUCAACUCUCUAGUGACAGCAGGAGCGGUAGAGAUACUCUGAAUGAUCGGCUAUAAAAAGCCAACUGACAUUUACUCCUGAGGUGCUGAUGUGUUGCACCCUUGACAACCACUGUGGUUAUUAUUAUUUGACCCUGCUGGUCAUCUAUGAACAUUUGAACAUCUUGGCCAUGUUCUGUUACAAUCUCUACCCGGCACAGCCAGAAAAGGACUGGCCAUCCCUCAUAGCCUGGUUCCUCUCUAGGUAUCUUCCUAGGUUUUAGCCUUUCUAGGGAGUUUUUCCUAGCCACCGUGCUUCUACACCUGCAUCGCUUGCUGUUUGGGGUUUUAGGCUGGGUUUCUGUACAGCACUUUGACAUCAGCUGAUGUAAGAAGGGCUUUAUAAAUACGUUUGAUUGAUUGAUUGAUUGAUUGAUGCGGC